UUCUGUACUUUGGGCACUUUGGGUAGCAUAAAAAGCGCAACGUUAAUGAAUAAUAAACAUUUAUGCAGAUUAAUUAAUUCCGAGAUCGGAACGGCCGCGUGUUCCCAUGUAAGAGAAAAAUGGCAGAGAAGGGUGCCCAUUUGACUGGAACUACGUACAUCAGGCCUUCUAUUUUCGAGAUUAUCGCACAGGAAUCACUCGCCUCUACUCUUGAACCGGCUUUUAAAAAGAUUCUUUCGUUCCUCGUAUCUUUCAACCCUGAAAGAUAUGGGUCCCUCCUUCGAUGGGCAGAUGAAGGCUACUUAAUAUUUAAUUUAAUUCUUCAACGCCAUUAUUUAAGGAAGUACUCUGCAUCAUUUUCCGAAACGUUUUACGGCUUAAAACGCGUUGCGGUGGUAGACUCGAAACUGACAGGGAGCUUAUCGCGCAAGCAGCAACUGCUAUCUUUGAUUUUAGUGGUAACGUUUCCGUAUCUAAAAAAUAAACUUGCACAGCUCAGCUCAAAGUAUAAGCUUCAAGAGUUAGACAGUCGUGCUUCGGAAGAGGGAAGGAGGAAGUUCUUCCAUAAAUGUGUAAUUAAAGGGCAUACCGCUUUCUUCGCCGCGUACGAAUUUCUCGCGCUGUACAAUUACAUACUUUACAUAUCCGAGAAAUCCAAGUAUCCAUCGCUGUUGCUGAGAUCGUUGUCCGUCACAUUGACGUAUGCCGAUCCACACUCCGCCCUCUCGGUCUCGGAGUUGUUGAGGAAGAUAAAAUAUAAUUCAUUUACUAUCGGCGAUGGAUGGGAUAUAUUUCAAAGGAUCAUCACUGGAGCCUUCGAACUGGGUGCUUUCUUCUUGCAGUUCCUCUCAUGGUGGAACCAGGAGAAUUACGAUACGAACAUCAUGAGUCUUCCAGCUCCACCACCUCCAAAGGUAUCAAGUGUUGCACAACAGUAUCAAGGAAUAUGCCCACUUUGCCGCAAGUCUCGGCACAUACAUACGGUGCUUUUAGUGUCUGGAUAUGUAUUUUGUUAUCAGUGUAUCUUAACGGAAGUACGAAAAACCAAAAAAUGUCCAGUAACGCAAUAUCCUGCCAAAGAAGACGAUUUGAUACGUCUAUAUGUGGAAUAACAUACAUGUGUGUGUGUGUGUGUGUGUGUGAUAUAAUUUUAUAUACCAUGAAAUUGCAAGUAGGAGGAGCGCAAAGGGAGUAAGUGAUCAUAUUUUAACAUUAUACAUAAUUCCAGCGAGGAAGCUAUUUGAUAUUCAGUUAUAUACAAUAUUGUACAUAUACGGCAAGAAAUAAAGGAAGAAUUUUUUAUUCUCAAAAUAA